GUGGAGGGAGAGUGAGCGGGGCUGCCCUGAAUGGAUUGACAGAAGAGGGAUUUACAUUUCAACGUAGCGUCGUGCUCCGCAAAGACUUUACACGGUUGCACGGCUGGAAAAGCGGCGGUUCUGUUCGGUGCCCGUCCCCGGCUUGUCGGUACUGGUAUCAUGCCCAUGUGUCACCCCCGGGAGAGGAUUGAACUUAGCAGCGGUCUAUAUUUACCGAGGAGGGAAACCAAUACAAGGUCUCGCCGUCUCGCUGGAGCGCAGUAUUAUUAGCGGUCCAGGCAGUGCAACUGUCUCUCCCUCUCUCUCUCUUUCUGCGCCCCUUGGCAAAUACACAUCCGAGUGGCUAUUUUAGGAGGGGCAACAGUAAAAACAAAUACAGUUGGAUUUAAAUAACUGAUCUGUGAUGCUCUGCAACUGCCAGCUAACAUUCAUUAUAAUUUACAAUUCGAGGAUAAAUCAUAAUAGAAGAAGAUUUUAAGAAUUUUUUUUUUCUGAGCAAGAAAUAAACAAUUACCUGGCUCCCAUGCUGGCUGCCAAAGGUCCUCUCCUUUACACCCUCAGCCAUGCCUGCACCUACCAAGCCAACCAGGAGACAGACACCUGCUCAGAGAAAAAAAGCCCAGAGAGGGACCAGCUCUAGGGGCCAAACCUGUAACACACAGAAAACACCAGCAGAAUCCACACGGUCAACUUCGAGAAGCAACCAGGCCAAAUCAGGCCGGAGUCCAUGUGGAAGCGGGAAGGAUCUCAGGGGGUCCCCUGGCAGAGGUAACCAUGCCGGAAAUGUAACGGGAUCUACUAGACUUAGACGGUCGAGCAGUGUGCCCGAAAACCCCCUCGGGCCGAGGAAGUCCCAACGGGGAACGCAAGUGUCUGUUGCUCCCUGCCAGUCACCGAAAGCGUUCACAGGAGGGAAAAACAGCAGGAGGGGGAGCAGUGGGAGAAGAGCUGCAUCCCGGCAACAAAACACAAGUAACAAGCCCUCAAGCAUCAGCAUCAACAAUUCUCCUCCUGAUGGAAAAAAUGAGAAACCAGACAACAAAGAACCCCCCAGAAUGUAUCAUGAGGCUGGCGUUGAAGCUGCGGCAAGUCUUGAGCCUAACGAUGCCACAGAGGGCAGCUCUCUUGAAACUGACACACGUGGAGGCGAUGUGCAGCACAGCUGUGACGGCCUUAUAACUGAAGAUGAAACGUCUUUCAGCAAUAACAGUGAAGGGGACUUGAAGCCAGCUACUGAGGUCACAGCUUGUGACGACAGUGAUGGACGGGUAGGUGAUGGGAGUGGAGAUCACACCUCUGGCUCGUCAGAAUUAACAGGCAGUGGCUCCCUGGGGGCACAGGGCAGCAGUGAGAAAAAUGACACUUCAUCUGUCCAUGGUAAUGAGCUUGAUCAUCUUGACAGCAGUGGUAUGCAAGAUGAGGGGGGAGCUGUCCAACAAGAGGACUGUGAAGAGCUGGCCACGAAAGCGAGUAGGACAGAUGAGAAGGCGUUGGUUGUCACAGAGAGAGAUGUUCAGAGUUUGGAAGCAAAAACGGAGGUUGAGAGACAAGACGAGACAAUGAGAGUGAAGGAAGAAAUCGCUGUGAAGCUGGGAAGUAGUGAGAGUGAAGACAUUUGGGAAAAAGACACCCAGACCAACACUCCAACAUGUCAAAUCCCAGAUCCAACUCAUUGGAACCCACUGACGGCCCAGUCAGAGUCACCUGUGCGUGUAUUCUCCAACGCAGCUACCUCAUAUCCCACCAAAGCUCUCUCCAACUCAGAUUUAUGUGAGCUGGAGGUUGUGAACCAGGCAAAGACAGAUUUUCAACCAACCGUUCAUGGUGCUAAGCCUCAACUCGCAGGGUCUUCGACUAACUCUGAUGCUGCUCUGAAGGUGCAGACUGUUAUAGUGACUAGAAGUACUCCGGUUAUCAUCUGUCGGGACUCUCUGCAGCCAAGAAGUCUAGGAAAGUCUGAUCUAAGAGAAACGCCCGUGGCUGGGUUAGAGAAGCAAGCUUGCACACCAGGAGAGACCAAAGAUGAAGGUGAAAUAUAUAAAGAGGCACAAAAAGAGAAGUCCUUUCCCUCCUUUAUGCUACUUACUGAGGCAAACACCAAACCCCCCACAGGAAAACAUGAACCAAACUUUGUUGUGGAUGGCACCCAGGCAACAAUGCCAGAGGAUGACCCUGUGCCAAAGAUCUCGACUUCCUCCGUAGACAGCAGCUCCACUUUGUCCUGCUGCUCAGAAAGUACUCGUUCCUCGUUUUCCUUUGACACCGAGUCAGAGACCGGGUGCGGCAAUGCCAGCUUCUCCGCUCUGCCUGGAUCCUGGGGGACAGAGGGGACGGGCUCGCGCGCCUGCCCGACUCUGACAUCAGAACGGAAGGGGAGGAAGAAGCGCAGCAGGUGUGGGGCGUGCGAGCCGUGCCUCAGGAAGAUUAACUGCGGCCAGUGCAGCUGCUGCCUCAAUCGCAGGACUGGCCACCAGAUCUGCAAGCUUAGGAAGUGUGUGGAGCUAAAGAGGAGAAGAUCUUCAUCUGUAAUCAGUCAACGUGAUGCACAGGUGGCUCCUGAAAUCGGCUCAGUAAAUGGCAAAGGCAAGGAACAGAUGGAUAAUACCUAUAUGGCAGCGGAGGAGGACGAGGAGGAAGAUGGCCACAUAUCUCGCACUCAAUUUCCCGUCAUUGUCCAGUCCUUCACCAACCAUGGUGGACAGCCAGCACUUAUUAAAAGAGAGUCAGAGAUGGAUUUGACCAAUUCUGCACUUCACCGCCACAUAUGCUCUUCUGUGACUCAUCAGAAUGGUUCUGAUGGGAGUUUUACAAAGCCUAAUGGUGCUAAUAUGACCAACGGGUCUCAGUCUGAUCUGAAAUCAGCAUGUAAAAAGACUUCAAUGGCAUCGGAGCUUCAAAGGACUAUUAUUGCCGCAAUGCCAAAAGACAGCUCAGAGAACGGGCCAAAGGGGUCUUCAGAUGAUGUGUCACUUCCACUAAAGAAGAUCAAACUGGAAGAGCCGUGGCUGUGGAUCACUGAGCAGACUACCACACAGCUGACUAGACAAGACGACGAUACGUGCGAAGAUCCUCUGUCGAUGUUGGCAGCAGUUGUCUGCCUGUCCGUCACAGAGAGGAAGGGAUUAGAGGAGAAACUUCUUGGUACACGUUCUUCCAUUCUGUGCUCCAUUAAGACAGAACCGCCAGAUUUGCACUUUGUCAAAACAGAAAAAGAUGAGUUGAAGAAAAGCACUCCUGCUAAUUUGCAAAGGACUCCCCAACCCAUCAAAAGUGAACCUCCUCAAAGUAUCCUGUUACCCAGUGUGCAGUCCUUGGUGGAGAGGAGAAACCUUAGUUUUGAUCAGGCUAUUGCUAUCGAGGCCUUGACUCAACUGGCGGUAAUACCACAAAGCCCCUCAGGUCCCAUUAAAGCUGAAAGUAACGGUGAACACCCCAUUUCCUCCAGUUCCCCAGGUUUCAACACAAAUCCUGCACUGCAAGCAGCUAAACGUGCAUCAGCCAUCCACUACAACAAAGUCUCGGUCAUCAGCUCACCACUACACCAGACUUCAGUGAUACGCCCUCCUGUGGCCAGGCAGGGGAAUGUCAUUCAGUGCUCCAGAAGGCUGAGCUCUGACACAAAGCCUUCUGUUGCAGAAAUGCGCUCAAACUGCAGGGGUACAGGGCAGGGUCAGGCUCCUUAUGUCAUCAAUUCACAGUGUAGCUAUAAGGACUCCAGCAGGGGUCAUGAGCGGUUAGUGGAGGACAGGGAAAGGUGCGUGAUUAAAAUGAGGAGGAACAGGGAUGAGGAAGAAGUGGCAGCUCAGCUGGCAGAUCUGGCCUUCAUCAUCCAGGCGCGGCACAAUCAGCAAUCCGACAACGACCCCCCUAAGGGAACACCUGUUUCAGCUAUAAAUUACAACUACAAAUCUCAGCAAAGCCCCAGUCAGAAAAAGCCUCCCUUAAAAAAGAUCAAAACUACGCCGUCCAAGCCCAGGAAGAGGAAAAGCGAUGGAUUACAGGAGGGAGCGAGUCGUAGGACCGCGCAGGGUGGGGAGACGCCUCACAGGAGCCGAGGCCAGAAUGGUCUCCCACAUGGGAAAUCAAGUCGUCAACCCAAGAACAAUUUCUUUUUGCCUUUGGCUCAAAUUGAUCUGAAGAAAUACUUGGCUGAGGCUCAAGAAGGAAGGAGGCAACUGAUCCAUCAAAGUAACAUUCACAGUGCAAGUCUGUCUCAGAAUCCCAACAAUCUGUUAACCACGAACCACACUGGUGCUAGAGAAAACCACCAGUGGUCACUUCCUAAUGGUCUGCCUCUCCAACACAAUCAAUGCAAUGGUUUCAUUGCAGGACCAACAGAGAGCCACGUGUUAUCUCAGGUAGCGCAGCCUGUUGGCGAGCUGCAGCACGGCACUCAUCCUAACACUAGCCCUGCAAAACCAGCUUUCAUUAGCAACGUCAAUGGGUUCCAUGGUCUGAGUAACGGCUUCUCAGGGCCUCCUGAUUCCCCUCCUCCAAGCCAACAGAACUACUAUAAGCUAGAGACAUCCGGGUCUGUCACUGUCCUGUCCACAGCGACUGACGGGGCUCACCCUGCAGAGUCCACUCCAACCAGGAACGGUGUCAACAGCUUUCUGGAGUCUCCGAUGAGUUUCCUGGAUACCCCUAUCAAGAACCUGCUCAGUACACCUUCCAAAAAACUGGCAGAUCUUCCUUCCUGUCAGUGUGUGGACCAAGUUAUUGAAAAGGAGGAAGGCCCUUACUACACUCACCUUGGGGCAGGACCAAACGUUGCUGCCGUAAGGGAAAUGAUGGAAAACAGGUAUGGAGCCAAAGGAAAUGCAGUGAGGGUGGAAGUUGUUGUUUACACUGGGAAAGAGGGCAAGAGCUCCCAGGGGUGUCCCAUAGCUAAAUGGGUGAUCCGACGUGGGAGCGAAGAGGAGAAGUUGCUGUGUUUGGUCCGACAAAGACCGGGCCACUACUGCGACACGGCUGUGUUGGUGAUCCUCAUCCUGGCGUGGGAGGGUAUCCCUCGAGCUGUGGCGGACCACCUUUACCAAGACCUCACAGAGACCCUCUUUAAAUACGGCUCCCCCACCAGUCGCCGUUGUGCCCUCAACGAGGAUCGCACGUGUGCAUGCCAGGGUUUGGACCCGGACACCUGCGGAGCCUCGUUCUCCUUUGGCUGUUCCUGGAGCAUGUACUUCAAUGGCUGCAAGUUUGCCCGCAGCAAAGUGCCCCGCAAGUUUCGUCUGCUUGGAGACCUCCGGGAGGAGGAGGCGAAGAUUGAGAACAACCUUCAAAGUUUGGCCACUGAUCUCGCUCCACUCUACAAAAAACUGGCUCCUGUGGCAUUCCAGAACCAGGUGGAGUGUGAGGCUGCAGUGGACGCUUGCCGGCUGGGCAGGAUGGAGGGUCGUCCUUUUUCAGGGGUCACAGCUUGCGUAGAUUUCUGCGCUCACGCUCACAAAGACACCAGCAACAUGAACAACGGCAGCACCGUGGUUUGCACUUUAACAAAGGAAGAUAACCGUGCGGUGCGGAAUAUACCUGAGGAUGAACAGCUUCAUGUGCUCCCACUGUACAAGAUCUCUGACAAAGACGAGUUUGGUCAGGUUGAAGGCCAGUGGGCCAAGAUCCGGAGUGGAGCUUUGCACGUUCUCUCCUCCUUCCCCAGGGAGGUGCGUCUGCUGGCUGAGCCUGUGAAAUCUGCUCGUAAGAUAAGACAGGAAGCUCGUCUGAAGGCGCAGGCAGAGAAGAUGGAGAAGAAGCUCGGGAUGUCUUCUCUCACUCCUGGGAAAGUCAAAUCUGAAACCCCCAAUAAAGAGCCUCAAGGCUUCUACAGCUCUUACGGAGUACCACCGAGACCCACCAGUGUUGGCAGAUCCACACCGGAGAGAAAUCAAGCCACUGCUUACAGCCACAGCAUCAGCAGCUGCUCUUCUCCAGGGGCCGGGAUCACUACGCAGCGGGAGGUCCUCCCCUCCAACCAGCACAGCGUAUCAAACCUUCAGUUUAAGCAUAAUGGCGUAGCUGUCGGCUAUCAUAAUGCUGGUGCCACUAUGAGUGGUUUAACUCCAGCGUCUGGUGAGCAGGGUCCUUUACUAGAACGUAUACCUCCACAGGACAUCAACAAUGACUUUCCCUUUAAAGCUGAGCCCAGCGAGAUGCACUGCUCCGCUCUGCACAGACUGUCCCCCUCCUCUUUCUCUGCCAGACCUACCUCUGAGGGCCUUUUCAGUAGGCUCAAUGGACUUCUUCGGGCUGCAGAAAGUGUUGCAGGAGAGGUCAGGGGCCAUGACUUCCCUCCAGGCCAAUCUCUCCCCUUACAAGCCCCGCCUCUCGAACCGCAACAGGCGAAGCAGGAAGAGGUGUGGUCCGACAGCGAGCACAACUUCCUGGACGAGGACAUUGGCGGUGUUGCUGUGGCGCCGUCACACGGCUCAAUCCUGAUUGAGUGCGCGCGACGCGAGCUCCACGCCACCACCCCCAUCCUCAAGCCAAACCGCCGCCACCCAACUCGCAUCUCCUUGGUCUUCUACCAGCACAAAGCCCUGAACGAGCCAGGCCACGGGAUGGCGAUGUGGGACGCCAAGAUGGCCAAGCGGGAGCGGGAUCGGGAGGAGGAGGCGGAGAGACUGAGGAUGGAGGAAAGCGGGGGUAUGGGGAAGAACAGAAAAACAUCAGGGGCUGGGGAAGGAGAGGAAGACGAGGAUAAGGAGACAGCGGAGACGAGAAGGGUAAUGAAUGUCCCGACACGGCAGGCUUUUACUGCGCCGACAGGCGGCGCUAUCACCGUGUCUCCUUAUGCACUUACGCAUGUGACGGGCCCUUACAAUCGCUGGUCUUAGUCGGCAUGUUUCAACACUCACUCGAAACUCCUACACCGUGGUUCUGCCUUACCUCAUUCACCUUCAAACGGCUAUUCUCAUCGUCAUCGUGUUGCUUUUUUUAAUUGUACUUUUCUAUUGUCUGCUAACUUUGUCCUUCCUACAGUCUGCCAUCUUUGGUGAUGGGAAGGACCAAAGUUUGUUGGCUUUUUAACUGUGAGUUUCGGUGCUGGUUUUUAAUGUAAAGACAUGGUGCUUUGAAGCAAGAUGUUUUUAAACUGGUUUUAUACACAUGAUUUAGAACAAAAAAGAUGUGAUUAUUUAUUCUGAUCAUAACAAUUUCUAUUUAAUUUCUGAUAUAAGCCUGUUUACUGCAAGAUGUCUAUGAUACCCUGCUUUAUAUUGUACAGUAGGAGUGUACUUUGGUGCCAUUCUCACUGUAACCUUGGUUUAGCAAUUUUGUUACUUCACAUAAUUUUAUUUACUACAGAUUGUCACAUGUAGCAUUAUGCAUUUUCCUUCCACUGCCUCCGUCUUCUGUUGGUGGUUUAAAAAAAUCUACUUUUUUCUUCAUUUAGAUAUUUUAUUUCUUUAAUUCACAGCUAUAAAUGGCAUAUUAAGAAGCACUUUCCCUUAACUUAACUUGAAAAGCAGGGCAUAAGCCUGAAUUGUAUGUGCUGACAGAGAUGCUAUACAGUAAAUUUGACAGUUAAAAAUUAACCAUGUUUUAUUUUACAGUAUUUCUGCAAUAAUUAGCCUUUUAUUCAGUUUGAGUACACAUAUUUAAUGAAAUUCUGUUCUCACCAAAGUAAUGAAUCACGAGAAACUAUCGAGAUUAUGUUCUCAGUUCAACCAGAGCCGGUCCAAGGCUGUGUGAGGUCCUAAACAGAGUUAUUUAAAUGUGGGGACCCUUGUAGCUCUGCUAAUGUCCCUUUGUUACUAUUGUUAGCUAGCAAAAUUUGCAUGUUAGCUAAAGCCUAGCUUCUGGCCAAUGAAUGUGCAUCCUUUGUAGCAGCAGAUUGUGGAAGAGACCUUGAGCUAACAUUUUAACUAAUGUUAGCUUAUCAAGAAUUUCAGUAAGUUUGCUAGAUUUCAUUCUCACACUACAUUAAACGUGGUCGACAACUUUUGUAUAGCUUAACGCUUUACAUAGAUUAUUUUUCUUAUAUUUCUUUCUUACAAUAUUCACUUUUAUUUUAAAAAUAAAAUAUCUAGAGCUACAAUUUAAUAUGGACACAGAAGUUAGCUGGUCAAUGAAAUUAGAUCAUUUUUAGCUUGAUUGGUGAUGUGGACGUAAUAUUUUAUCACAGUAUUUUGUUGCAUUUAUUUCGUGAUGAUAAAAACUUUUAAGAAAAUUUAUCACUGUGCUUUUGAUUAUACUUCUUGAAUUGCAUGCAGAUCUAAUCCGAACAAGUCCUUUUCUCAAAGCACAAUUUAACCACUACCACAAAGCCUGCUUCACCACAACAGUUAUAUUAAUUAGAGCAUUUGAGCUGUUUAGCAGUGCACAAUAUUGGAUUGAGUCAUAUUUUGACACAUGUGCAAAAGUUACUAAUGCUCUUACAGAUCCUACUGUAAGAAGAGAAAAAAUAAUUUAAACAGACAAUGUAACAAUACCAACUGACCAAUUGCGAGGUUUGCUAAGUUUAAUAAUGAGAGGUUGUCCUUACUUUUGACAAAAUAUUCAUAAUUACACAAAUGAAGCCAAGACAGAAGACUCUUGAGUUAUACUCAGUGGAGACUCAUUUGAGGAGCCGACCCAAAAGAUCAGAAUCUUUGAAAAGAGAUGAACUCACCCUCACUAGUUAUGAACUGUACUAACCCUUCAGAUUGUUACUAUAAAAUGCUAAAGGCAGAGAAAAUGGACGUGUGCAUUAUAUUUUUGCUUUGUAUCAAUUGCUCUCAUAUCUUAGAUUGCUCAUGCCUUGGGCCGGUUCUGGUAUUCCACUCUUGGAAGAGGCGUCUUUCAUAGGGAACAGGUGUGAUUAUAGGACUUCAAAAUCUAACUGUAUAUUUUAUUGGUGCUAUCUUACAAGAUGCUAUAAAUGUGUCAGAUGUCAACACAACACCCUCUUGUUGUAAAACCACUUGAACACCAUGUCGCACUCAAACAAUUGCUUAAGAUGUUUUUUCAAGUGCCCCGCUCUUGCGAAGACCUUUGUUUACAUAUAUCUUUUUACAGGGUCUCAAUAAAGGGGCUGGGAGUAGCUCCUGGGAAUUUUUUGUACCCAUUAAAGAGAAGCUCUUUAUUUUUAGGAACUAAGAUGAUUGCAACUUUAGCACAACCCUUCACUCAUAUUCACACUAAGACAGAUGGCAUUACAUGUUUAUCUGAAACAUUUGGCAAACUUGGUUUUGGUGCUAAAAGAAAAGAUAUCAAGGUGCAGAUACUGAGUUAAACUGGUUCUAAACUGUAUAAAGGUGCUUUUUCUAGAACUCGUCCUUGUCGGACGUGUUCAAACAUUGUCUGUAUCAUUUCUUUUGUCAAAUAUUGACAGACAGGGGACAACAGGAUGAAGCAUUAAUACGUUUUUCAAGUGCAAGUUUAAGGUGCAUACUGGUGCAGUUUUUCAUUUACAGUUUAAAUGUCUUCCACAUUUAAAGAUUUCUCCAGCAGCUCUUAAAAAAUCUGAACCUACAUGCAAAAAAUAAAUAAAUAAAUGAAUGUAAACUGUUUGGAAUCCACUGAAUUUUAAACAUCACACAAUAAAAUGAAAAUUGUAUUUUUAAUUUUUUUUAUUAUUAUUAUUUCUUUUGAACGGACAUUUUCUGUCCACAUGAAACAUUUUUGUAACGAGCACCAGCAUUUAGACAGACUGUAAAUAUGUAUGUGAACCACCAUUGUUUUUACUGUACUGUUAAAGGUGUUUUAGACAAUGGGUGAUCUUGCUUAUUUUAAAACUGAAUUACUGUAUGUUGCUAAAAGUAUAUCCAGUUUAGACUUGAGAAGAGACUAAAUUUAGCAUUCCUUUUACGGAUGGCUGAUCUCGUUCAGGAUUGUGAAAUAAAGUCAUAUUUAUAUUUUGGACCUCA